AUGGCAUUCGGUCAACUGUACGGCUUUUUCGUUUUCACUUUAUCGUGGUUUCUUUCCAAGACUGCCGAGGCAGCCUCAUCCAAGGAAAGCUUCUCCUUUAUUUCGCUAAACAAAGAGACUAAUUUGAACAUUUUCAGCUCUGUCUCUUCAACAGCGGAUGUGAUAUCAACUGUUGAUAGUGCUAUUGCCAUCUUCGAGUUCGAAGACUACCCAUUAAUGGAUAAGGUGAUAUUCGACGAAAGUAUUCAAGAGUACCCAUUUUUCGAUAGGUUUUUUUCUAAUGAGGUCGCUUUAGUCGUCGCUGAUGAAUUGCCUAUGAACAUUCCUCAAACCUUAUCUACUAUUUUAGAGCAGUUUACAGUGAAUGAUUUAGCUCAAAGUGCUUCCGAUUUAUUGUAUGACCACUUCUUAGAAGACAAAAGCAUUGUGUUGUUCAAAUUUCCUUCAAGCGAUUACGAUUUGUACAAAUUGGACGAAUUCAUCGAAUCUUGCUUAUUGUUUUUGGAAGACAAAUCUAGUGACGAUCUGACUGUCGUUAUCAAUUCGGUUGGUACCAUUGACACUGAUGACUAUAACUUUGCUGCCAAAGACAUCUUGAGCCACGAUGACAACAACGAAGCUCAAGAUGGCGACAGUGAUAUUUUAAGCUCUAUUUGGACCGAGGGACUUCUUAUGUGCCUAAUUGUUUCUGCAUUGUUGGUGUUUAUUUUGAUCAUUGCGCUCUCUUGGAUAUCUAAUUUAGAUAUUACCUAUGGUGCUCUGGAAAAAUCUUCAAACCCAAUAAAGAAAAAUAAUUAA